AUGGUGAAAAUUUUGAUUUUUGAUCUUGUUGAAAAUGGGUUCGAGGAACCUGAAGAUGAAGGACCUUUGACAAAUCCCCAAAAGAACCAAUUAAAAGAGCAAAGGAAGAAGGAUUCAAAGGCUCUCUCUUUCAUUCAACAAGGAGUUUCAGAAGCAAUCUUUCUAAGAAUUAUCAAUGCAACAAAAGUGAAGGAGACAUGGGAUAUUCUUCAGAAAGAGUAUAGAGGCAACUUGAAGGUAAGAACCAUCAAACUUCAAUCAUUGAAAAGAGAUUUUGAAAAUUUGAAGAUGAAGGAUAUGGAGUUGUUGAAGGAUUAUUUUUCUAGGGUUAUGGAACUUGUAAACCAAAUGAAAAUUUAUGGGGAUAAUAUUACUAAUAAAAGAGUUGUUGAAUUUUUUUUGAUAAGUUUGCCGAAGAAAUACAAUCCUAUUGUUGCUGUCAUUGAAGAAACUAAUGAUCUUGCUGAUUUGAGUAUUGAAGAUUUGAUGGGUUCAAUUAAAACAUUUGAGCAAAGGUUGAGUAGGCAAUCUAAAAAGUCAAUUGAAAGUGUCUUUCAAUCCAAGCUUAAUGUUAGUACCUCUAAUUCCCAAGGAAGAGGAAGAGGAAGAAAUGCAACCGGAAGAGCAAGAAAUGCAAGAGGAAGAGGAAGGUCUAAUUUUCAAAGAAAGGAAAAUGAAGAGUCUACUCAACAAAAGUGUGGAAAUUGCAACCGAAGCAAUCAUGUUGAUAAGAUUGUUGGUUUCGAUGAAAGCCAAAAUGUUACAAUUGCAACAAAUUUGGGCAUGUCAAGAAGGAUUGCCUAG